CUUCUAUUUUUUUGCUCUUUUUUUCUCUUUUAAAUCAAAACAGUGUUUAACCCAUGUUUCUUAGUCAUCAUGUCUUCCUUAUUAUCCUCGCACUGUUCGUUUCCAUGUCCCAUUGUUGCACUUUCACAAUAUCAAACAACUGUCCUUACACCAUAUGGCCUGGAACACUGGCCGGUUCAGGGUCUCCGCCGCUUCAAACGACGGGGUUUCGGUUGGAUGCCGGCCAAAGUGUUCGAAUCCCGUCGGUUCCUGCGGGGUGGUCUGGUCGGAUUUGGGGUAGGACAGGUUGCAAGUUUGAUGCCAAUGGUGUAGGGUUAUGUCAGACCGGUGAUUGUGGGGGAAGGCUCCAGUGUGACGGCAAUGGUGCUACACCGCCGGCGUCUCUUUUUGAGAUAACACUGGGGUCGGGAAAUGAACAAGAUUUUUACGAUGUUAGCCUUGUGGAUGGCUAUAAUUUGCCUAUUUUUGCUGCACCUCGUGGCGUUCAUGGCUCAUGCAAUGCCACUGGCUGUUCUUCUGAUCUUAAUCUGCGUUGUCCUAAAGAGCUUCAAGUGGUGGGGGGAGCCGGUGGGGGUGGGGCGGGGAGAGUGGUGGCAUGCAAAAGUGCAUGCGAAGCAUUUGGGCUAGACCAAUAUUGCUGCAGUGGUGAAUUUGGUAACCCAACAACAUGCAGGCCUUCAUUUUAUUCAACCAUAUUCAAAAAGGCUUGCCCUAGGGCUUACAGUUAUGCCUAUGAUGAUGGCACCAGCACUUUCACUUGCAAGGCCUUUGAUUAUCUCAUCCUUUUCUGCCCUAAUUCUCACAGCCCGAAUAGAUCAUAUAAUGGAUAUACGCCUCCACCUUACGAGGAUGGGACCAAAGGCAAAGUCAUGCAUACCGCUUCCUCAUCAAAUAUACCCUUUCCCUUUCCAUUUUUCAUCUUUCUUCUUGCACUCAUCAUGUUCUUUUGAACACAUAUACAUAUACGUAUGUGUAUAUAUAUGAUUUAUUGUAUUUGAUGUUGUGAGGAAGGAGAAAAUUAGGGUUUAUUGGGCUCAUUUGGGAAGCAUGGAACAUUGGGAAAUUUAGCAGAGGAAAUGUUUUGGCAAAUGCCACCGACAAUACAUAUUGUAUAUAUAUACAGCUGAUCAAUGAGACUCCGGUUUAUGCUA